GGCCAUGAGCGUCUGCCGCUCGUAGCCAGCAGCGCCGCCGCCCUCGCCGCCGCCGGAGCCACAGCCGCUCCCGGGCUCGCCCACCCGCCCGCGACCCGCGCCGCCGCCACCGUCCCCGCCCCCGCUGCCGCCGCCGCCGGCCCGUCCAGCGCCGCCAGCGCCGCCGGCUCCGCCAUGGCCGGCAUGACCGAGCUGUUCCUCAAGGCGUUCGUGGCGCGCGUCGCCGACGACUUCAAGCAGAAGGAGCUGCUGCCGCUCAAGCUGCUCUUCUUCGUGCACGCCUCCACCGUGUUCGUGCUGUACCCGUACCUGACGAUCCACAUGCGCGAACUGGGCAUCAAUGUGAAGGAGACGGCCAUCAUGUCGGCGGUGACGCCCGUCAUGGCCAUCGUGAUGCCGCCCCUCGCCGGCAUGAUCCUGGCUUGGCAACGUUUCUCGGCGGCGGGCGGCGCGGUGGCGCUUGCUCGCUGCUCCUGGUGCCGGCGGGGCGCGUCAAGGUGGCGUUUCCGGGAGCGCGCUAGGCGCUGGGCCAGCUGGGCUGCGGCCCCGCGGGGGCGGCGGAGGCGGCGCUGGCGCGGCCGACGCUCGCUGGAGCUGGCGCUGCGCCGCGCCGACGUUGAUGCCGGCCGGCUGUGCCCGUGGCAACGGCGUUCCCACCGCGCGCGUGCGCGGCGCCGCGCCGAGGCGUGCGGCCCUGCUGGCUCAUAUACAUUUGAAACUAACCCCUUCCCAUACACUAAAUUAACUGUAUUAGCCACAUUAAAUUAUGUGUUCGGAAAAACAAGUUCGAUAUGCACCGAUCACAGUGAAGACAUCGCAAAAUUCCUGCUAGAAAUGAUGAAUUCGUUACCGAGUAAUUUGGUCCCACUUCCAGCAUUGUUUCGUGGCAGAAGUACAACUGUAUAUCCUACAAGCUUAAAUCAUAAUUUUCCUUCUGACUUUCAUGCUUUUCACUUUUCAUUUAAUUUCGUUUUAUUUUUUCUUCUAUCUUCUCUUCAGCAUCUCCCAUUUCAUUUCCGUUCUUUAGUCCUAGAUUUCACCUUCACCCCUAUAUUUCAUUUCUUCUUUUCUUCUGCGGUGAGAGCUUUACUCACCUCUGGAUCUCCGUUAAUAAUUUCUUCCUUCGCAUUUAGUAGCUGCUUCUUCUUCUUCGCCCCACUCUUCUCAGCCUCGGAGACGACACUAUUCUCCUCUUUCUCCCGUUCUUUCUCCACGCCCCCUCGCGCUGCCUUCCUCUCUGCCAGAGCGUGCCCCUUACAGCGUGCGUGUGCGUGCGCGUGUGUGCGGCAGGGGGAGGCGCACUUCCGCACGGCGGCGCGCGCGCUGGCGGGCGGGCGCCUGCUGUUCCUGCCGGCGGAGGGGCUGGUGCGCGUGCGGUGCGGGGGCGGCGCGGGGUGCGCGCUGGGGUCGUCGGCCGGGUGGCCGCCGGCCGGCCGCCCCGCCGCCGCGCCGCCCGCCGCCGGCGACUUCUGCGCCAGCCAACCUCUCGGCCGCGCCUCGCCGCUCGCCCGCCCAGGAAACACU